UCAUUGUAGCUGUUGUUUCUUUCUUUUUUGAUUUUCGUACUUUUUUUGAAAGACGGAAAUGUAAAAUUUUCCUAUUGCUUUAACCGCGAACUCUUCCUAUCCCUUUUUCAUGCAUAUUUUGUGACCGUUCUAAAACUUCUAUGCCCUCUCAGAUCACGGUAGUAAUGAAAUCCCACACUAUCGGUACAUUGGAUGCUUUAAAGAUAAACGGGGGGCGCGUGCCAUGCCUGAAUAUCUUUGACUUAGCUGGCCGAAAGGAAGUCUUGCUUCAAUAAAGAAAUGUGCCAAGAUCUCGUGGAGUAAAGGGUACCAAGUGUUUGGCGUCGGUUACAAUGGGCGUGAAUGUUGGUCUGGAGUGAACGCAAGUCUUACAUACGCCAGAUAUGGUAAUUUUACUGGAUGUUCAAAUGGUAUUGGUGGACACUGGGCCAAUGACGUCUACGCCUUCGUUUCCGUAAAACCAAUUAUUACCAGUUUGCUAGAGCCCAAGAACGUUAAAUCUGGGACCCUAGUGACAUUAUUUUGCAAAGAAUCAAGCUCUCAGCUUCCUUUAGCUAGUAUCACGUGGUACAGAGGAGCAAAUAAAAUUCCCACCAACAUUGUAACAAUGGACGUUUAUAAACAGGGUUAUUACUGGUGUAAUGCAAGUAAUAUACCACAUCAUGGACCAGCACGAAGUGAAAGACUUUUACUUGUUGUUACAGAUUACUUCACGUCUAUUAUAAAUUUCAAGGCAAAGAAUAACAAGCCAAAGAAUAACAAGCCACAGAAUAACAAGCCAAACAUAAAUGACCAACCACAGGACCCUUGUGAACAAAUUGCUAAAUACCUCUCAAGCAAAGAUAAACCAAGAGAGUAUAAACAUGCUAAAAAUACAUUAAAUAGGUGGGAGGAGUCUAACAAACUUAGUACGUUGGAUUGUGUUAUUUAUGGAAAGAAGAAAAACCAAAACGAAGGCUUGGACGACUAUUAUAGAAGCCUCGUGGAGAUUCUCAAAGAAGGAGCGAAGAAGAACAAGAUAGAAGGCUUGAAGAUCGACUGGAAAUUAAUCUUGGUGAAAGACACAGGAAUGUGUAUCAAGGAAACAACAGGCAAGCAAAAUAUCAAAGGUUUCUUUACCUGGCAAUCAACAAAAAUAGGCGACUCAGUGACUGUCGAGUGUCCUUUGGGACCGAGUGGGUCGUCUGUUACGAGAAGAUGCGGCGGGGACUUCGAUACUGGUGCUGUGUGGAUUGACCCGAAUGAUGAAGCAGCAGUAAGGGGGAUCCGCGAUCGAUGCCAAAGAUAUACGGGUUUAACUCGCGGAUUUACGAAGACGGGUACAGCAGAUUUACGGGAUUUCCCGCGCCGUGUCCUUACUGCUGCUGUGUUGGGUACCGCAAACGGAGGUUAA